AUGGCAACCUCGCUCGCUGCCCAGUUGGCGCAGGUUGCCGCCAACUCCAAGUCAAGCCUCAAUGUCAAGGCACAAAAGGCAGCCCACUCCAAGUCGCUGAUCUGGGAGCCUCGCGUCGCCGCCUCACAGAGCUAUCAGUCCCUCUAUACGACGUGCCACCAGGGCUUUGAGGAUCUGUGCCACCUAGACGCCCGCUUCGCACGAUUCCAACACACAAUCUUCAGCGAGGAGAGCCAGAAUCAAGACCGCACCCAGCUCACCGCGGCUGAGAAUGAGGAGCUCGACCGUCAGGUAGAUGCCUUCCUGCGCCUGGCUGGCGGCCGUUUGAGGCUCAUGCCUGCCAUAAAGGCCAUUGAGUGGCUCAUUCGUCGCUUCCGGAUUCACGAGGAGAACACGGCGUCUCUGCUCCACACAUUCCUCCCCUAUCACUCUAUCCCUGCGUUCGCGACGCUGUUGUCCAUCUUACCGGCACGGAUCCCCCAAGGAUUCCGUUUCCUCGACCCGUAUAUCCGAUCUCUUACGUCGCCCCCACGCAACAUUUUUGUCCACCAAGCUGUCCACCACCCCUCCUUCUUGACCGAUGUGUCCGAGUACACUCUCGAGUCCUGCCGCCUGCAGCUGCAGCACCCUGCCCUCAUCUCCUUCUGGGGCGGGCUUCUGACCGAGUCCAUCAGCGGCAUCCUCGACCGCACAAAGUCGGGUCGUGCUGCCAUCCAGAGCGAGAACGACCAGGCUUUGCUUCACAGGCUCGGCCCGAUAUUUGCCGAGGCCCUCGUUAUGAAAAAGGUACCGACUCUGCAGAUCGCCGCAUACAUGGCCCUGGUCGUCUUCGUCUCCAAGGGAAACCUGGAAGACGUCGCCGUCACGGCUUUUAUGGAGCAGACGGUCCUCGGCUGGACCGUCGAUACCACGCGCCCCGGACUGGUCUGCCUGGCUAUCAUGGCCCAGCACCGCUCGGCCAAGCAGAUGAGCGGAAAGGUCACCAAGGCGCUGCUCAAGGUAUCCAACAUUGGUCCUCUUCUUGUCGAGAUUGGCCAGGAGCGCAGGGUCGACAAGCUCGCCAACGGACUCUGUCUGGCCCUGAUCGAGCGCUUCUCCAAGAAGGGAGACUCGAGGGGUCUUCCGACCAUCAUGGUCAUUCUUGGCACCCGCAUCUUGAGGGACAAGCAGAUUGCCGUCAUUUUCAAGUCGCUCCUCCUCACAGCCCUCAAGCUAGAAGACUCCAACGACAAGGAUGGCGCUCUGCGUCGCGAUCUCGGCUCCGCCUUGAUUUCUCUGUCCCAAACUCCUGGUCAGUCAGGCGACAUUAUCCAGUCCAUCAUUAAAGAGGUCGAUUUUGACAUCGAGGAGCUCGAGAUGAAGCUGGACCUGUCCUUCCGAUCGAGGAAGCUCCCGGCCAACAUUCCCGAUGACGCCUCCGAGAUCAACGGCGACGCUAAGCCUGCACCACCCAAGGACUUCGAUGCCAUCAUCGGCGACCUGUCGAAGCGGAAAGAAGGAUUGUCAUCGUGCUUGAUCUCUAAGCCCGAUGAGAUCUUUGACGAAUUCAGCCACCUGUUCUUCUCCAUCGUGUCAGAACAGGCGCAUGAUUCACCACUGCUCGAAAAGCUCGACAAGAGCCCCAAGCUAAACCACAAGACGGCCCUCAAGGACUGCACCUACUUCAGCUUCUUCAUCAGGAUAUGGUGUGGUCCCUACCCGGCCCUCGCACGCGCUGCUGCCCUGGAGACGGCCAAGAACCGCCUUAAGGCCGAGAGUGAUAUCAAAACAGAUGUGCAGGCCCUGAUCCCCUACUGCAUCGCCGCCCUGGGCGACCCGUCGAGGCGUGUUCGUCAAGUCGCUGCUGCUCUUGCUACUGUGGUCGCCAACUCGUAUUCCCCAGCCAUCCUCAAAGGCUCCAACACCUGGGGUGCCGGUAGCUUGUACGGUAAAGGUAACGCCUUUACCGCCAUCGGGGCCGACCUCGCCGCCAAGCUGCUUCACCUGCAGAUCCUCCCAUCUCUGGAGGAGUGCAUCAUCGACCCCGCCCACGUCUCAGCCAUCUGCGCCACCUUUGUCGCCACGGGAAAGUACCAUAAGACGCCGGAUCCCAGCAUCGAGAAGAAGGACCACAUCUCCGGGUCAGCCCGGUCCUCACUCCUGUCUUUCUUUGCCUCUCACACCGUCUCUACCCCGCUGCUCCUCGUCAAGGACAGGCUCCUCCGGUUCCUCAACGAAGCCCGAGGCGUGGCCGGCACGAGCCGUACCAAGGUCCUCCUGCCCGCUCUCCAGUGGUGGGCAAACCUCGACAAAGACGAGGCCCCGCGACUGUGCGAGGCUGAGCACCUCGACAAGGCUGCCAUCAACGCCCGUUUUGUCGAGAUUAUCGUGCCCAACGAUGUCGACGGGCUUGAGUACAUCCUUGAGUUCAUCAAGGACCCCACCAAGCGCGAGAGGGAUGGCCUGGUGCAGGCUGUCUUUGCCCGCCUGAGGAAAAUGUGGCCCUCCCUCAAGGACGAUGUCAAGUUCAUGGUAGCCGAGCAGCUCCUAGCCAUCUCCCAGGAGCCUGCACCUGUCAGCGGCAGCGGCGAGGCUUCUUCUGCCACCGUUCCUGCCGAGGCGGCCGAUCUGCUGCAGAACGUGCCCCUGACGACUGGCAUUCUAUCGGCCUUCGUCGACUCCAUCAAGACGGGCACCAAGAUGAUUACGGAGCCGCCGCCUAACAAGCGCCGUCGCACAAGCUCCGGUGAGGCCAACCGCGGCCUGAUCACGCAGGUCAGCCCAGAGCUGAGUCUGGCGCUGCGCCGGAUCACCUUUGUCCUGCAGCUCGUGGAGAACUCGGACCCCGUUAGCCAUCCGGAGCUGAUGGGUGGUCUCUUCACUGCCCUGUCGGAGCUGCAGCACUUCAGGACAGUUGUCGGCUCUGAGCUCGGCUAUUUGCAGAACCUCAUUCUGCGCAGUCUGCUCGCUAUGAUGCCCGCGUACAAGGCGAACAAGAACCUCAAGAUCUCGGCCUCGGGUGGCUAUGGUGACCUGCUCGUUAGCUGCAUCCAGAAGUCGUCCAGCCCUGUAGUUCAGAACGCCGCCCUGCUCCUCAUUGCCAGCUUCGCCACGACGGCACCCAGCCUAGUCCUGCACAGCGUUAUGCCCAUCUUCACAUUCAUGGGCACGUCGGUUCUACGCCAGAGCGACGACUACUCGGCUCACGUGGUGUCCCAGACCAUCAAGGAGGUGGUCCCGCCGCUUAUAGCCUCGCUGCGUCAAGGCAAGAAGAGCCCCGUUGCGGGUGCGUCCGAGAUCCUCGUGAGCUUCACAACGGCUUACGAGCACAUUCCCGCCCACAGGCGCAUGGAUCUGUUCCUGGCGCUGGUUGAGACCCUGGGCCCCAACGAGUUCCUCUACGCCCUAGUCAGCAUGCUCGUCGACCGCUACGGCGCCAGUGAUGCGCUGCUGCAGUUCACUCACGAGCUAGUCAACCACUUCUCGGUGGAAGUGCAGAUGGAGACCCUGGUCAAACUGCUGAACCUUAUCUCGGACCUGUUCCGCUCCAAGCCCGGCAUCUCGUUUGUGCUGCUGGGCAUCUCCGAGGACUCGGACAAGGACGUGGAGCAGAUUGCUCUGCGCCAGCUGUCGGCUUUCCCUAUUUUCCUGUCUGGUAAGAAACUCAAGGAGCAAAUCUCGGAGCUGGUCGACCGCGACGACAUGGAGGUCGCCGAAAUUCGCUCGCUAUACGCGACGCUUCUUGAGAACAUCCUUCUGCUGGCUGAGACCGUCAAGGCCAACAAGAACCUGCACUCGCGCUGCGGGGCUGCCCUAUCCAACCUCCUAAACUUGCUAUCCAUUGGCGAGUUCAUCAAGGCUGUCGAGAACCUUUUAGACCGUCCCGAUAUGGGUCUCCGCCAAAAGGUGCUCCGUGCCCUCGAGGUUCGCGUGGACAAGGAGAGCAACACGGACGCCGCGUCGCGCACCGCCCUCCUGGCCUUCCUUCCCCAGCUUACAGCCACGAUCCGCGAGUCGCCCGACAUGCGCUACAAGCACACGGCCGUCACCUGCGUCGACAAGAUUGCCGAGAAGUACGGCAAGAAGGAUAUCGAGGCCGUCGUUGCCGCCGCCGAGACCAUUGCCGGAGAGCACUGCCUCGGCCAAGUCGACAGGCGCCUGCGUGUAAUGGCCCUCCUGUGCCUCACGUCGCUCGUCGACGUCCUCCAGGAUGCCGUCGUCCCUGUCCUCCCCAUCGCUAUCCCCCGCGCCAUGGAGUAUCUUAGCUCCAGCAUCCAGAAGGGUGACGAUGAGCCGGAUGACGAGCUGCACUCUGCCUGCUACGGCUUCGUCAGCUCCCUGGCCGAGCAUCUGCCGUAUAUGCUGUCGCCGUACGUGGACCGCAUCCUCGAUAUCUCGGGCACGUCGGCCGAGGCCGGCCUCUCCGAGGACACGGACGACAGCCGCACCAGCUGCCUCCAGGUCCUUGCCAAGCAGCUCGAGGCCAAAGAGAUCUUCGCCAGCUUCGAGAGGACUUGGGAAAAGACCGUGGUUACUGGCUACAAGGCCAUGGCCGAGCACCUGGACAUCCUGGGUCUUUCGAUCGACAAGCACUCCAAGUCCACCAUUGCUAAGAAUUCGUCCAUCCUGACAACUCUCAUCAUCAAGGCCCUCGACCUGCGUAGGCUGAAGAACAGCCAGGGCGAGGCGGAUGACGAGAAGGCUCUGAGCCGCAUCAGUGCCAUCGAGGCCAACGUGUACGAGAAGACGCUCAAGAUGAUCUACAAGCUCAACGACGCGUCGUUCCGCCCCAUAUUUGUACAGAUUGUGGAGAGCGCAGAGGCGGGCCUGACUAAGAGCGACAAGACGGGUCGCUCCCUUCGGCAGUACAGCGUGUACGGCUUCCUGGAGACCUUCUUUGGCAACCUCAAGUCGAUUGUGACCAAUUACUCGACGUACGUUGUCGACGACGCGGUGAAGAUCCUGGAGGGGACCAAGCUAGGUACCGGUGCGGAGGCGGAGCAGCAGAAGCUGUGGGCCCGCGUGCUGGCGACGCUGUCCCGCAGCUUCGAGAACGACCAGGACGACUUCUGGCAGGCGCCGGCGCACUUUGGUGCCGUGGCCCCCGUCCUCAUGAAGCAGUUCUUGCACGCGCCCACGGCUCUGUCCGGCGUCGAGGAGGACCUGGUGCCGACCGUGGUGGAGCUUGCCGCCGCGGCCGACUCGCAGUCCCACCAGAAGGAGCUCAACGCUGCUCUGCUCAAGCACCUCAAGUCGGAGCAGCGUGAGGUGCGCCUCGCGGCCGUCAAGUGCGAGCAGGCCCUCACCGAUAGGCUAGGAGAGGAGUGGCUGGCCAUGCUGCACGAGAUGCUGCCCCGCAUCAGCGAGCUGCAGCAGGACGACGACGAGGAGGUGGAGCGAGAGACGCACAGGUGGAUCGUCAAGAUAGAGGGAGUUCUUGGGGAGAGCCUGGACGCCAUGUUGCAGUAA